AUGCCUCCCCCAAACAGCGACGCCAUCGAGAACGAAUCCCAGAAGAAGACGAUCGACACCACCGACGCCAGCAAAGCCAGUUCCGAGGGUCAAACUACAGAAUGGCGUACUAGACCGCUGCCGGAACUCCUGAGGGACCUCUCGGAGGAGGAGUUCAAGGCUCUUGAGAAGAGGUUGCUCCGUAAAGUCGAUCUUCGGAUGCUGCCUACAAUGAUCUUGAUCUAUAUCAUGAACUACCUUGACAGGAACGCAAUUGGUUCAGCCAGACUUGCUGGUUUGGAAAAGGAUCUCGGACUUACGGGCAAUGAAUUUCAGACCUGCGUAUCAAUCCUCUUCGUCGGAUACAUCCUCAUGCAGGUGCCAUCAAACCUGUUCUUGAACAAGAUUGGGCGACCGGCCAUGUAUUUGACAGGAUGCAUGGCAGUUUGGGGUGUUUUAUGUGCCUGCAGCGGCGCGGCGCAGAAUUUCGGUGGUUUGUUGGCGACUCGAUUCCUCUUGGGUUUCGUAGAAGCCGCUUUUUACCCUGGCUGCCUUGCAACCCUCAGCGCGUGGUACGUCAGAAAAGAGCUCGGCGUGAGAACCGGUCUCUUCUACAGCGGCAGCAUGCUUUCCGGCGCCUUUUCAGGCCUCAUCGCAGCGGGCAUAACAAACGGGAUGGACGGCCUCGCGGGACUGCUCGCCUGGCGCUGGCUCUUCAUCAUCGAGGGCUCACUGACAGUUCUCAUCGCCAUCGGCGCAUUCUUCAUUCUCCCAGACUUCCCUGCCAACACGAAGUGGCUCACGGAGCAGGAGCGGCAAAUGGCCAUGUGGCGCAUGGAGAACGAUGCCGCCGGCGAGGAGGACUGGACUUCUUCGUCAUCGCAGCCGAUACUUGCGGGUUUCAAGAUGAUCAUGGUUGAUCCGAUCAACUGGAUCCUCGUUGUGCUAGUAUACGGCGCAGCGAGCGCGAUCUCGAUCAACAGCUUCUUCCCGACGGUGGUGGGUAGUCUUGGUAAGGACCGCAUCACAACGCUGCUCCUCACCUCUCCCCCGUACCUGCUUGCGUGCAUUGCCUGCGCUGGCGUGUCAUGGAACGCGGACCGGACGAGCGAGAGGUUCUGGCAUACCGUUGUGCCUCUUUCAUGUUCGCUUAUUGGGUUUAUCGUCUCGAGUGCCGCGACUGGUAUUGGACCACGAUACUUCGGCGCCAUGAUCAUGCUGCCCGGGAUCUACACUGGUUUCAACAUGUCUAUGGUGUGGACGGCGAACACGAUGUACCGGCCAGCUGCCAAGCGAGCCGCUGCGGUCGCGUUUAACAAUGCGUUUUCGACGUUUUCUGGGAUUUACGGCUCAUACCUGUACCCUAACGACGCGGCGCCGAGAUUCGUAUUGGCAUUCAGCGUCAAUGCUGCGAUGGCGGUGAUGGCAAUUAUUGCGAGCGUGGUGUUGCAUUUUGUGCUGAAGAGAGAGAAUCGGAAGUUGGAGCUGAAGGAGCAAGAGGCGGAAGCUGCUGGCCGGCUUGAUGCGGCUGGCAAAGGCUUCAGGUAUCUCAUUUGA